AAAGACUGUACAAUGAGUCUGUCGAGUCAAUAGAUCAUUUAAAAAAAGGGUCGUUUACUUCUGGAAUUGUGGGAUUUGAAGUGUUCCUGGGAGGUCAACAUGUGGAGUCGUCUAGUCUGAAACUAGCUAGCUGUUUCUCGUGGUUGAUUUCAGUCAUAAUGUCAUUUUGCUUUAACUUCGACAUUUCAGCGCAAACAAACACCCCCGAAGACGUGGAUGGAAAUAAACUGCAAAGCGGAAAGAAAGCCAACGACGCUAAAUAUGCAGAAGUUGAUGAUAAAACAUCAGCCAGUCCAGUAAAAGAGGCCAAAGAACACCUUCCUCCAUCUGACCCCAGGUUCCUCCUUGCUGAUGCUGUCUUUGAAACGGUUACCAUUGGUACCCUUCCUCCUCUGCACUUCCUCAAUGAGACCGUUUUCGAGAGGACGGCCUCGGAAAGAGAGGACAGGGAGAAAAUCCUCUCUUGCAGGGAGGAGAACAACUCUGAUCUCAUCUCUGGUGUAUAUGAGGGAGGCCUGAAGGUGUGGGAGUGCACUUAUGACCUUUUGGAGCAAAUGGAGAAAGAGGGAGAAACAUUCAGUGGAAAAUCAGUGUUGGAUUUGGGUUGUGGAGCGGGACUGUUGGGAAUACUGGCCCUAAAGCGAGGAGCCAGACAGGUCCUCUUUCAAGAUUAUAACAGCACAGUCAUCGAACAGCUCACAGUGCCAAAUGUAAUCCUAAACUGCCAAGAGGAUGAUGAGGUAGAGAGUGAUAGUGAAAAAAAGGGGAAGGGGAAAAAACAUGAAAAAGAUUGUGUAGAGAAAGGGAAAGAGGAUUCAAACGCUUGUAGCUCACCUCCUAAGAAAAGAGCAACAGAUCUAUCCAAGCACCCAUUAAUGAGCAGAUGCCAUUUUUACUCUGGGGACUGGAGGACGUUUCUUCCUUUGGUCCUAAAGAAGGAACCACAGCCCAAAUUUGACAUUAUAUUCACAUCAGAGACUAUCUACAACACUUGCUACUACCCUGCCCUGCAUGAAGCGCUGCACCAACUGCUGGCACCCAGUGGUCUGGUAUACCUGGCUACCAAAUCACACUACUUUGGUGUUGGCGGUGGGCUACAUCUGUUUGAGACAUUUGUGGAGCAGAGGAGUGUCUUCUACCUGGAUCACCUGUGGGACGGGGCUGAAGGCCUGCAGAGACAUGUAGUGGUGCUGCGUUUUAAAAAGCAAAAGGACAAUUGACCAAGAAACGGCAGCUGUUGUUAAAAUUGUUAAUGGUUGAACCCUUACAUGAAAAUGUUUGCGUGCUUUUUAGAAAUGCACCAGCCGAAACUGAUUUCUCUCUGCAAACUAAAAAAUGGAAAAAAAUAUACUUUCCUUUAGAUUUUUGAAUAAAUUGAAAUCUUAUUUAUCUUUAGCAAUGACAUGUUGUAUAAUAAUAUUGCAAAACAAUUACAAUGUAUUUUGUUUGUUUGUUUUUCAAAACCAGCCCAAAUUUGAAAAGCUGUGUCUGCAUCACAGCAAAACUAGUUAUGGUGGAGAUAUUUUUAUGCAAAGAAAACCUAAAUAAAAAGAGUUAAAGCAAGUUUAUUUUAUAGCACAGAUUAUAACUUUCUAACUCAAACGUAGAAGUGUACCACACCCAAGAUAUUGAGCUUUCUUUAUGUUACAACCUGGUAGAAUGCUCUGGUUUCCGGUUAAGUGUGGUAAACCAAGGUAAAAAAUGGGUACAGUUUGCAGAAAUGUUCUAUUAAACCUCUUAAGAGACGAAUUAUUUUAAAAUAGGUUUUUAGUGAUGCUUGUGUUUUAUAGUACAGCUGUGGGGGGUACCAUUUAAAAAUAGUUUUUUGGAAUGGAUAUUAGGAUAUUUUUAAACAAAAUCUACACGUCAUGCAGGACUCAUAAGUUGAAGCAAAUUGUGUGGAUGGUCAGCAUAUAAUGAGAAGGCUGAGAAAGUGGCAGAGUGACUGGAUUUUUCUCUGGUUGUGUAAAGAACAGAGUUUCGCAUUAUUGCUUUUCCAGAUGCUGUGCUCUACCAGUCAGCUGGCUGAAAGAAGGCUUCUGUGCUGUUCUUAUACUUAAAGAAAAGACCAAUUUGCCUAUUUAGAAAUGUUUCUGAUACUAUACACAGUCAUGGCAUUGAUGCCUUACUAUUCUGGUAACGCUGUUUUGAAAGUACUGUUGGUAAGAUAUUAGCUGGUUAGCAGUUCCUUUUAAAUAAAACCCAUCAGGUCAUUGUAAGCA